GUAAUGAAUUAAUAACGCCAAAAAAACGAACCUCAAUCGUUGCAAAUUGCCUCUUUUGCAAAGUACUUCGAGAUUUUUUCAACUCAACCAAGUCACAGAUAUUGGACUCGUAUUGGUUUUUGCGUAUAAAGGCACUUUCGGGGGCAGUCGCAGUCUGACUGUUGCUACUUUAUAAGCACUGUACCCUGCUCGCGAGUCGUGAGUAAAUUCAUCGAAAAACAGCUUGAAAUGAAUACGUUAACCGAGUGACAUUCCGUUUCCGUGCGACUCAAACAUGGCCGAGGAACUGCAGCGAAUCGAUUCUAAUCUCAAGCCGAGCGAACUGAAGGCGGCAUUCAAGCGAAGCCGGGACAUCGAUGCGCUGUUGGACAAGGAAAGAGAAUUGAAAGAGAAAGAAGUACAGCUGUUGAUUUUGGGAUCGGGUUGUUCUGGGAAAACCACUUUUCUCAAACAGCUGCGAAUUCUAUACGGGGAUGGUUAUACGGAGAAAGAGCGGAAAGAAUUCAAGCCAGUUAUAUAUGGAAAUGUCCGAAGAGCCAUGAUUCGAAUUCUCGAAGCAAUGGAAGAGAUAGGGCUUACUUUUGCCAACGAAGAGUUGAGCACCAAGGACCUCCAUCAGGAGCUACUAGAACAUGCCGACUCAGAAGACAGUGAAAAUAAUAACUUUUCGCUGGCAGACAGAGUUCCGUUGCUGACAAAAUUCUGGAACGACUCCUCAGUACAGACUUGCUUUGGCCAAAGAAAUUUGUUUUACAUCGACGAUUCCGCUAAAUAUUUUUUUGAGAAUCUCGAAAGGCUAUCACAUCCAGAUUACAUCCCAACACACGAGGAUAUUCUGCACGCUAGGCAACAAACUCAAGGUGUUCAAGAAAGAAAAAUUUCAGUAAACAGUUACAAUUACAGAGUUAUAGAUGUUGGAGGACAAAAAAGUCAACGCAAAAAGUGGAUUCAUUUCUUUGAAGGUGUAACAGCCGUUGUGUUCUUUGUGUCAUUGAGUAGCUACGACGAAUUCGUCGAGGAGGACGAAAAUUCGAAUGCUAUGCAUGACAGCCUGGAGUUAUUUGAAGAAAUCAGUCAAAAUGCUUUCCUUGAGAAGACGGAAUUUAUUCUCUUUCUUAACAAGCAUGACUUAUUCGUGGAGAAGCUGAAGACUUCAAAUCUGUCUGCGUGCUUUCCCGACUACGACGGAGGUCCAGACCCCGAGAUAGGUUUAAAUUACAUCCGGGAGUUGUUUUUGUCCAAGAAACCCGCUGACAAGCACAUGUAUUUGCACGUGACAUGUGCAACAGACACUGACCUAAUGAAAGCGGUGUUGAAAGAUGUGUUUGAAAUUUUAGUCGAUAUAAACCUGAAGAAACUCUCUACACUUUAACUAAGAGGUAGUCUGAAAAGGCAAGCUCCGAUGUGCGAAACCUGUCGCCAGUUAUGGCACCCAUCCUAGUCACGAAUGGGCAAAUGUAACAACUGUUAACCGCGAACCUUCCCAUUUUUUUAAUCCCUUCUUAUCAGAAUUUUCUUACCUCCAAAUUAGGCGAAAAUGAGCGACACCGAGACUAACCAUCAACGCGAACUUAAGUAAACUUAUUUUGAAAUAACUCCGAAAAGUUUCAUUACAAUCGACAUCUCUAAGUUUCUGCUUGUAGUUAACGGACCUACAGCAUUACAACUGCUCUUCGAAAAGGGAUCACUCACGUUCGCUUAAGCUCAGAAUUGCUUGUGAUUAUAAACGUUUUAUAAAAGUUAUGAUGAAAUAAAGGUUUGAAGUCUUUCUUGCAA